ACUGACGAGUGAAGAAAAACCUCUGUUUAGGGUUUUAGAACUUCGACGCUGCAAAUCAAUCGAAACGGUCCUGGCAUCAAAACGAUAAGAAACAGUCCAGGCAUGGCGAGCAUCAUCAUGGCUCCAACAAUUAGCUCUUUCUCUACCAAAACAAGCAUCAAAGAGUAUAAGAUUUCACAUAUUACUCCUCGAAAGAGUCAUUCUAUUAAGGCAAUGAGGGCAGAGAAACCUCUGGAGGAACUGUACAAGGGUCAUUCUGUUAAUGCAACGAGGGAAGAGAAACCUCUGGAGGAGCUGUACAACGUGAGGGUAGAAAGGAAAGUGCCACCUGAGCGACUGGUGGAGCUCGGAGUUUCAGGAUGGUCAAUGUGGAAGACGGACAAGUGCAAGUUGCCAUGGAACUGGCACGUCGACCAGUUCGUAUACAUCGAGGAAGGAGAGGUGAGGGUUGUGCCUGAAGGGAGCCAUCGUUUCAUGCGGUUUCUGGCCGGUGACCUUGUUCGUUACCCUAAGUGGUUCGAGGCUGAUCUUUUCUUCAAUGGCUUCUACCAAGAGCGUUAUAGUUUCCGGGCCUAUGGCGAUGACUAUUAGAAUUUUGACAUGUGGAUUGCCUUCUGUCUUUGUGUAUUUGAAAGUUCAAGUGCUUCUGUACCUAUGGUGGGAUAGAGAGGGUACUGGGAUGGAAAUACUGACAUUGGCUGAAGCUUGUACAUCUUAAGGUUUUAUAGGGAAGAACUGCUUCAAA